AUGGUUCAUGUUGUUCUUCUAGGAACCUGCGAUACAAAGCUGGAUGAGCUCUUAUUCCUCCGCAAAGCCAUCCAAGGAGAGGACCCGAAUGUAGGCGUUAGCCUGGUUGAUGUGGGACGGGCCGAAACCAAGCAUGAGGCCAUCACAUAUAAGCACAGCGAUCUGAUUGAAAAUUAUGGCAAAGGUCAAAAGGUCGACGGAUUGCCACGCGGAGAGCUUAUCAAGAGUAUGGCAGACUACGCCACGGCCUUGGUGAAGGAAUUGUAUAACAAGACUGAUGGCACCUACAUCGACGGUAUAGUAUCCGCUGGAGGGUCAGGGGGGACCUCGCUCGCUGCAGCAGUGAUGAGGGAUGCGCUUCCAAUUGGGUUUCCGAAACUGAUUGUCUCGACGGUUGCAAGCGGCGACACUGGACCGAUUGUUGAAGAGACGGAUAUCACACUGAUGUACUCGGUAGUGGAUGUUGCUGGAUUGAACCAGGUCUUGCGGAAUGUUCUCAGCAAUGCGGGCGCAGCUAUCGCUGGUAUGGCAAAGUCCUACGCAUCCCGGCGUACACUAAGCCCGCCGGUUGUAAAGACUAGGGUGGGCAUCACCAUGUUUGGUGUCACCACCCCGGCAGUGGACGCGAUUCGCAAACAUCUUGAGUCGAAACACAGUGUUGAAACCUACGUUUUCCACGCGACGGGCCAUGGAGGCAAAGCUAUGGAGCGGUUGGUCCGCGAAGGCGGACUUGAUGCUGUGCUUGAUCUCACCACAACAGAGGUGUGCGACCUGCUCACAGGCGGUGUGAUGAGCGCCGCUGAUGAUCGCCUUGAAGCAGCUGCGAAGGCCGGCAUACCGAACCUCGUGUCUGUAGGCGCGACCGACAUGUCGAACUUCGGACCCAAGAGCACAGUGCCCGAGCGCUACAAGAGCCGGAAGCUGUACGAGCAUAAUCCAGUGGUGACAUUGAUGAGAACUUCACAAGAGGAGGCAAAAGAAGUUGGAAGCUUCAUUGCUGCUCAGCUUAGGCAACACGCCCGAGAUCAAGCAAUGAUUGAAGUGUGGUUGCCCAAAGGGGGUGUCAGCAUGAUCGCAACGCCUGACGGACCGUUUGCGGAUGCUUCUGCAGAUGAGGCUAUGUUCAAGGCAAUCAACGACGGUCUUGAUGGUAGCGACAUUCAAGUAAAAGAAGACGCCCGAGAGAUCAACGACUCAAGCUUCGCCCGCGACAUAGCAGAAUCAUUGAUGGAAAAGAUUCGGGUGUACAGAACGCCCUAA